UAGAAAAGAAAAAAAAAAUGUUUUUUUUUGUGUAAUUUCAAAACACCCGUUGCCGGUUGUAGUAGACAAAAACGUUUUUCUGUGUGGGGUUUUCCCAAGAAAAAUUACCAAGCAAAAAAAUGAAAACUUGGCAAAUGUGCCAAAAUAAAAUCAAACCACAUUCACACCACCAGUAGCAGCAGUGGCAGCAGCAGCAGCAGAAGAGUGAAAAGUGAGCAAAUUUUAUGAAAAUAAAAAGUGUGACCAAAUGACAUUAAACGCGUGGUAGUUGUAGACAGUUUUAUUUGAUUAAUUGAACCACCCACAUAUGGUGUGGAAAAAAAGAAAUAUGAAGUGAUUGUUUUUUUUAAAAAAAAGAAAAGAAAAAAAUUCAAACCAUGUCUUCCUCUCUGAAAAUCAGUAACCCCAAUUUAAGCAUUCCCACGAUGAAAUCUUUUAAAAUGUUCCAUGAUCUACACCCCAAUGCACCCUCUACCCCACCCUACACACCAGGUUUAGCUGGUGGCGGUAUCAACAUUGAGCCAUCAACAGCGGUGGAGGAGGAAGAGCACGACACUAAUUACAGGCCACUGAAAUCGGCCAACUCUCCAGGCAACAAUGGCCACAUCACCAGCAUAACUGCUGCUGUGGGCUCUUGCAAUUUAAUGUCACCCCCUCACACAUUGAAUGGCUCUCGUGGACAGGGGGAGCAUUUUCGUGCUUCCAUGUGCAAUCUGAAAGCUUUAAGCAAUGCCUGCAAUUAUGGCGAUUUUGCUUCGGCUGAUGUGCAUUUUCCCGACUUUUCACAACUGACAUUUGGCAAUGCGGAGACUCCCACCUCAAUUUAUGGCAGUGGUGGCGAUAUGCAUUUUGGUGCAACACAAGCCAACAAUGCUGAGGAUAAUAUGAUGAGGGGUUUCGAGGAUGAAAAAUGUGUCAAUAUGUCUCAAUACUCCCAGCAGCAGCAGCCACUACAACAGCAGCAGACUUUGGGCAAUAGGGAGGAUGUUUUCCGUUUUGAGCCUGAGGAUAUAGCCCGUUUAACGGAGACUUGCCAAUUCGAGGAAGGCCCCCAUGAGGCUAACUCUCUGAUGAUGAUGCCUCAUACCCCUUACACCCCACAGACCCCUUAUACACCUUAUGCUGCCAGCUAUAUGCCCUUUACCCCCAGCAGCCAGCAACAAAACCAACAACAAACACAACAAGCCAAUGAUUACCAAUUUUGUGCCACUUCAACUUCUUAUGCUCAACAGCAGGCGGAGUGUGCUACACAAUUAGCCACAACUGUUAUGCAGGAUUUUCCCAGUGUGGGCUAUAAUCUAGAUAUAGAGUACUACAAUUAUGAUGAUAUCAAUUGUCAAUCGAAGGAACAAUCUCCCUGUUCCUCUCCUCCUUUGGAUCCUUGGAUGUCCUUGAAUUUAAAUGAAGCUCCCACCCGCAGCCAGGAUUCGCCCAAAAUAAUGAAUACCAGCUAUGAGUAUAUGCCUCAGCAGCAUAGCUAUGAGCCCAGCAUUAAACAGGAGGCAGCAGGUAAAUUGCCCUCCAUGAUGUCCACUUUUGGCACCCCCAAAUAUGAGCCGCUCAACAGUUUCGCCUACAAUGACUAUGACAAUCAUUCUCAAUCGCUGCCACAGCAGAGAGGGCAUGUCUACAGUCCUCCCUCGCACAACGAAUCUGUGACCGAUACUCACUAUAACCCAAAUUUGAAUAACUUCAAUGCCAUGGCUGAGGAUUUUGAAAAUUGCAAUAUGCUGAAUUUGGAGAAACCCAAUAGGGAUCACAAGGUCAUCUGGACCAUAGAUGAGUUGGAUGAAUUCAAUGACUUCAAUGCGGUGGGCCAAAUGCAAGCCAAUUCCCUCAACCUGAAUCACUGUCAAUUUCAUCAACAGCCCAAUGAGGAUGAAGAUGAGGAGGAUAUUGAGGAUUAUGGCGAGCUAUUGGAAAAUGAGGAAGAGGUUUUCCUUAUGCCCGAGGAUAAAGACAAUGAUGAGGUUUUCCUUGUGGAGAAACCCAAGCAUGUGAAAAAUCGCCGAAAACGGCAUGCAGCCCAGAUAGAAAUAUCUCAAGACAUAGUGCCCUCCUUGGAGGAUUUUCCCACAGGACCCAUGGUCUGCCUAUGGACUGAUUGCAAUGAGGAAUUUCCCAAUCAAACUGAGUUUGUCUGUCACAUAGAAAAGAAACAUGUGGAUGUGAAGAGGGGUGAAGACUUCUCCUGCUUUUGGGUGGAUUGUCCUAGACGCUAUAAGCCCUUCAAUGCCCGCUAUAAGCUUUUAAUACACAUGCGAGUGCAUAGUGGUGAAAAACCCAAUAAAUGUCCGUUUCCCAGCUGUAAUAAGGCCUUCUCUCGUUUGGAAAAUUUAAAAAUUCAUCAACGUUCCCAUACUGGAGAACGUCCCUACGGCUGCCAAUAUAAAGGAUGUUUGAAAGCCUUCAGCAAUAGUUCGGAUCGAGCAAAGCAUCAAAGGACUCAUUAUGAUACGAAACCCUAUGCCUGCCAAUCGCCUGGAUGCACAAAACGUUACACCGAUCCCUCCAGUCUGCGUAAACAUGUCAAAAAUCAUGACCUACGCAAUGCCAAUGGGCAUUUGGGACGACGAAAAUCAUCAUCGAAUGCAGCCACAAAUGGUCAGGGUGGCUCUAAGAAAGGUAACGCAGGCAAAACUCGUCGUCACUCCGAAUCAUCAUUGUUGCAGGCCAAAGGUGGCAACGGCGGUCUCGGCAAGAAUAAAAUGUCACAACAAUCAUUAACACCAUCAUCAGCCUCAUCCGCCACAACAUUGACAAAGUCAGCAAUGCUGAUGGCUAAUAUCAAUAGACCAGCCUUGCCUCUGAGCAUAGGAGUGGGCGAUGGCAAUGGCUGUGGCCAGCAACAAAAGCCAAGAAGCAUUAACUGCAGUGAAAUAUCAUCCCUGCUAAUGGUCAAUAACAAUUAUGAGAAUAAACAAAAUGUUGUUGGCAUGUACCAGCAACGGCAACAGCAGCAACAAAGCUCUGUGGCCCCAACGCAAUUACCAUUGGCCACAUCGGCAGCUAAUCGCAAUUCAAUGAACUUUAAUGAGUUGUCCAAUUGCAUUGUUACCAUUGAGCAACAUAACAAUCAUGAUGCUGUUGCUGCUGCUGCUGCUGCAGCAUCCUCCAAUAUCAUCGAUGUGGAUGUGAAUGUAAAUGUUUCGGGCAUCAUCACCACCACCACAUAUAAUGUAGUGGGUUCCUCGUUGUCGUUGGGGACGGAACGCCGCAAUAGCAGUGACAGUGUGAUUAGCAACAGCAGCAAUGGCAGCCAUACAAGUAUCAAUCACAUGAAUGAUUUUCAGCAAAUGUUGAUGUUGCAGCAAGCAACUUCAACGACGCCCAUGGGCAAUGAACACCACCACCAGCAACAGCAGCAGCAACAACAACAAGCAAAUGUGGUUGUCAGUGGUGAGACUGCUACUCCUACUGCAUCACAAACCUUAACAUGUGAUAUGUCACAGGCCAACAAUUGUGGCAGCAGCCGCAGCAACAACAGAAACAAUGUCAUUACCACAAAUUCGAUUAGUGUUUUAGGUCGCAGCAGCAAUGGUGAGGCAGCCAGAGCUACUCCAAACUCCAAUGCUGCCGUUGAUGAUGAGUCCAGUGAAUUUGUCUCAUUCGAGUAUGUUAAAAAGCUGCUUUCCGAAACAUUCGAUUGCAUGGAUGAGGACAAUAAUUGUGAACACCAUGCCAAUGGAACAAACUCCAACAACUCCGGCUCCAAGAUGGGCAAAACAUCAACAAAUGUUGCCACAUCAUUAACAACAGCUGGUGGCAGUGGUGGUUGUGUUGUUAUUGGUGAUGUUACUACACCAGUGGCCACCAUUGGGGCCAGUAUUGUUGUCAUUAGUGCGGAUAAACCAAAGCCCACAACAAUUACAACAGCAUCAACAUCAGCUACGGCCGCUGUAGCGGCAACAGUCAAUGAAAUUGCUUCCACUAAUGUCAGCAAUGAGCAUUUACAUAAUGAGUCGUCGUCGUCGUCGUCGUCGUCCUCAUCAACGUUGUCCACCGUUGAGGAUGAUGAUGAGGAAUUUGCCAAACACUUUGAUAUGGAAUAUUUGCAAAGUUUUAUGUAAAUUAUUCAGUAAAAAAGCGUCACGUUUCCAAAAAAGCCCAACCAAAUUAUAAUGUAAAUAUUUUGCCAAAAUUAUAUUUUAAGAAAAGUAAUAUCAACUAGGAUUAAGGAAUAUUUUGGACAAAAAAAAAAAAAACCAAAGACAACAGCAAACAUCCAAAGACCUUAAGGUAUUUUAUAGAGAGAUAGUUCGAAACAAAAGUAAAAACUGGA